AUGGCCGUUUCAGGUGCCCCCAACCCCACGCGCCCGACGGAACCCCACCCACUUGACGGCGUGCCCCCAUCGGCCCUAGUGGUCGAGCCGAGGGCCCACAAACGCGCGCUGGGCAAUUUUCGCAAGAUGGGCUGCUUUAUUUGCAGCCAAGAUGACUGGCAUGCCUAUCUCGUCGGGCUGCUUUUGCUUUGCGAAGGCGUGGGGUUUCUCCUCGUGGUGCCCCCUCCCGGGGAGUGGUUCAGCUACCUCGUCCUGGGCUCGCUCCUGCUGGGCGGUUUGGCGUGUUUGCUGCUUUCGGUGUGGAUCGACCCCGGGAUCGUCCCGCCGGCCCCGGCGGCGGCCACGCCGAGGGCGCCCGAGCUUCGCACGCUAAACGGGGUCCCCACGAUGUGCAAAGUCUGCCCGACCUGCCAUAUCAUCCGCCCGCCCUACAGUACGCACUGCCAGUUCUGCGAUGUCUGCGUCGAGGAGUUCGACCACCACUGCCGAAUCCUGGGAUGCUGCGUGGCGAAACGAACCUAUCGCUUCUUUGCGGGGAUUUUUAUUAUGCGGUCAGGGCUCUUGAGUUAUAUUAUCGCGCGGACGGUUGUUCGAUUGUCCUACCCUGAAUCGGUGGGCGAUUGGGAUUCAGGGCAGAACUCCUGGAUUGCGAUAGUCGCCUGCCUCGCCGCGGCGUUGGUCGAGGCGAUCUUUGUUUUUCCCAUCUCCUAUCGGUAUAUCAAAAUGGCGCUUUUUCGGACAACGUAUAAGUUAUCAUUGCGGGACCUCUCCGUUUUCUACGUGCAUAGCCGCCCCUACCGCGAAAACCUCUGUUACAAUUGCCUCAGGCGGUUCUUUGGGCCGCUUGGCAAAAGCCAAAUUGAUAAGGAUUAUUAUGUAUAA